AUGACCAAUCCACAGCAAUCCUAUACUAUCUGGUCUCCGCAUGAUACAGUAAAAGAUGUGGCAGAUUCUUUGGGGAUGUCAAACAUAAGCGACGACGUUCUAAGAUCUUUGGCAAUGGACGUCGAGUAUCGUAUUUUAGAAAUUGUCGAACAAGCGGUGAAGUUCAAGAGACACGCCAAGAGGGAGGUCCUCACCACCGAAGAUAUAGCGCGCGCUCUUAGAGUGCUAAAUGUGGAGCCUUUAUACGGUUAUCAGGAUGGGUCCGCCAGAUCUAAAGACGUUUCGUUUUCUAAAGUUAAUGCACAAGGAGGACAGGCUCUUUACUUCUUGAAUGACGAAGAAGUCGACUUUGACAAAUUAAUCAAUGAACCACUUCCCAAAGUACCUCGCUUGCCGACCUUCACAACACAUUGGCUCGCAAUAGAAGGCGUGCAACCCACAAUACCUCAGAAUCCAAGCCUGAACGACAUUCGAAUGUCUCAACCUCCCAUUGUGCGUGGUGCUAUUGUAACUACUGUUAAUGAUACGAGUCUUCAGACAUCUGCAUCGGAGGAAAAAGAGACGCAACAUAUUUCAUCGAUCAAACCGGGCCAGGCUAAUGAAGUUAAGCCCUUGGUCAAACACGUCCUAUCUAAGGAGCUACAAAUCUAUUUUGAUAAAGUUGUGUGCGCCCUGACUUCUAAACAGCAGGACGAUAAAACCCACCAUCUUAGAGCUGCAGCCCUUACCUCGUUAAGGUCAGAUACCGGUUUACAUCAAUUGGUUCCGUAUUUCAUCCAGUUUAUUGCUGAACAAAUAACACACAAUCUAUCAGAUCUUGGUCUUCUCACAACAAUGCUAGAAAUGAUUUACUCUCUGUUAAGCAAUGAGCAUGUUUUUUUGGAUCCCUACAUACAUUCUUUGAUGCCAUCCAUUCUAACGUUACUCCUCGCUAAAAAGCUUGGUGGUAAUCCUCCCGUAAAGACUAGCAAAGAACAACAAGAUGCCUUGGAAGAGGACGCGAAAGACGAUGAUGUUGACUUCUUAGGCAAGACCAAUGCUUUACGUGACUUCGCAGCGUCGCUGCUUGAUCACGUACUAAAGAAGUUUCCUCAGGUAUACAAAUCUCUAAAACCUAGAGUAAUGAGAACACUUCUCAAGACGUUUUUGGAUACGAAUCGGUCUUUUGGUACUUAUUACGGUUGUAUGCGGGGUAUUGCGGUACUAGGUCCAGAAUCAGUAAGGUUUUUUUUAGGAAACCUCCAAAGUUGGGCAACUUUGGUAUUUGAAGAGCACACGAACAAGAACACUGGUAAGGAAGGUGAAACCAUUACAAGCAGAUUUACGGAAGUUGAAAGCCAACUGCUUGGUGAUGUGAUAAUCGACUGUCUGGUCGUACUGAAGGCCGAUUUGCCGCCAGGUCAAAAGUAUGAGGAAGCUCUCACCGAGCAGGAAAUAGAUAGUCUGAACAAACGUUGCGGCUUCACCAUUUCUUCAAAAUUGACAAAACGUUCAGAUGCGAAAGAGUUAACAGCCGCAAUUUUUUUUGGCGAAUAA